AUGGCCGACUCCGACGCCGGCAUCUGGAAACUCCGCUGGGACACGGCCGUUGCUGAGGGCGCGGGAUAUCUGCUGGUCGCCAUCGUUUGCUUGGCCAGCGAGCUGCUGAUCUGGGGCCUGAGCAGGACGCUUGCGGCCGCGAGGCUCGAGUUCUUCUCGACCAUUGUCGGCAUGGCACUGGUCUUUGCCCUGAGCACCGCCUGCUGGGUGGUGUGGAAGAGGACGGAUGGCUUCUAUCGGAGGUGGCUCAAGGCAAGGGUCGACUUCAUCAAUGCUCACCUCGGGGCGGGAUUCGCCAUCCCCAUGAUUAUGCUGGACCAGGACGAGAUGCUCAACGGCGGGGAGAUAGGACGGGUGAUUGGCUCUUUCAUCGCGACCAAUAUUGUCUCUUGGGUGGCAGUAUUCCUCCUCUCUGUGGCGGCGAUUGGUGGAGUCACACAACUAACCUCGCAGUCGCCCAUAAGGAAAGGCUUUGUCAGCUCGGAGAAGAGCAUUGCGCCCACUUCAUCUGAUGAUGGCUCUAGUUCGGCCGAUUUUGAAGUCGAAGCUCAGACACAACAAGCUACAGGCAGUCGGGAUGGUCUGUUGAUUUCGAUUCCCAGAGCUACGGACACUGAAAAGCAACUUGAAAGCGGCGCCCCAGCUCAGGGGCUCUCGAACACCAACGAACAGGCUGAGCCUUCUUGCGCCUCUGUCGCCGAGUCAUCAACGUGGAACUUCUUCUCACGACACUUUCCGAUUCUGCUGUCGCUGGCGCUGAUAUUCACUGUCGGUAUACCCCUUACAAUCACCAUACACGAGGAGCGUCUUUUCGAUGGCUUUACCCUAUGGUUCAUCUGGAUCUCCUCUGUUCGAUCCCAGCGAGCCUUCAAGCAUUCCAAGAUAUGCACCUGUUCAGCCCCCCUGAAGCGAGGCCUAGCAACGUUGAUGAAUCCGGUUCUACUAACCACCCUGCUUAUGAUGGGAUACACACGAGCCAAGGCUUCUGUCUUAGGACCUGGGGGACUCGCUAGGACGCUGCAAAAGUUCAGCGGAGGCACGCAUCUCUACGCACUCUGGACGGCUGCCGUCAACGGCAACGAAAUACCUUCCAAUCCCACCGGCUGGUUCGGCGCCGGUGAUGCUGCCCUCUCCAUCCUCGAAUGCGGGAUUCUCGUUUGGGGAUUCAAGCUUUCAGAAUGCCGUCGACAAAUCUUCAGCCUGACCGGCCUUGUCGCCAUCAUACUCUGCACCGCAGCCGCCGCGGCAAACGUCUUUCUUUCAGUCAUCGCCAGCCGCGCCAUGGGCUUGCAGGUCACCGAGGCGCUCAGCUUCGCCGCCCGCAGCACAACUCUUGCCCUGGCAAAACCUGCCACGGAGGCCAUUGGGGGGAACAGUCCCGUGAACGCGAUGCUCGUGGUGAGUAACGGCAUAUUGGGACAACUGGUAUACCCCUUUAUCUUGGACAAACUGGGUGUGAGCAAGGAGCACGAUGAGAACGACAGGGAUGGUGAAACAGGCCUUGCAGAAACUCAGCAGACGGCAACAAUCAUCCCCACUACCCCCGUUGAGGCAUCUUCAAGCAGCAACAGCAACUCCAGUUCCACUCCUUCAACCGACAGCCCCGUCACCGUCGCCGCAGGCAUCGCCAUCGGCAUCAACGGCGCCGCCAUGGGCGUAUCGUACCUGUACGAAACGCGCAGCCGGGCAGCUCCCUACGCAGCGCUCUCCAUGGUGGUCUUUGGAGUCAUGACGGUGGUGUUCACGACGGUGGAGCCUUUCAAGGGGACGCUCAUCAGCCUGGCAAGUCGAUGA